UAUUAGAGGACAACUUCCUCGAAAUUUCAGCUGAAAGAGUGAUAACUUCUCACACACGAAGUCAAAAAUGGUUGGUCUCACUCUCACUCUAUCUUUGAAAUUAAUCCUUACACACUUGACACAACAUGGUGCAUACUCUAAUCCAAACAUGGAGAUGGAUGAUGUUGCCAAAGGUGUGGAGAUUUGUGGGCUUUGCUUCAUCUCUUGUUGGACUUGUUUGCUAUGCAUUAAGCUCUUCCUUUAACUAUCUCUUUGGAGAAUGGAAUUUGUUGAAAAUAUUUCUUUACAGCGCUUUCAGUUUCAUCAUCUGCUUGGUGAUUUUAUUUGCAAAGAAAUUGCAACAUUCUAGCAGUCUUCGAUUCAAAGCUCAUUCGGCAUUUCUGGUAUUGACACUCACUUCAAUCUAUUCCUUUUUCUUUGAUAAAGUCAUGAAUGGGAAACCAGAUGCAUAUAGUUUAAUUUCAUGUGCUGCCUUUGCUAUUAUGUCACUUAGUUUGUCAAGGCAAACUCAGUGGGGAUUUGAAAUUGAUCUUCUUUAUUUUUUCCUGGGAUGUCUAAUUGUUCAACUCAUGAAGAUUAAGUUGCAGUUAUUAAUUCUUGGAGCUGGUUUUAGCUAUUGCCUUAUCAUUCUCCGUUCUUCAUUUUCUUCGCUAGAUACCGGAGAAAAUAGUCAAUACAGCUCUGAACUCCAAGAUGAGAAUUCGGUGAUUCUUUAUGUGGAUUCUCUGCAAUCACCCGGUGUUAAUAAUAAUAUUUCUCUGCAAUCUCCCAGUGUUAAUAAUAAUAUUUCUAGUGCUACCAGUAGCAUUGAUUCACCACAAUUGGUUAUCAGUACUAAUGUUGGUAGUAUGAUGGAACAACUCGGGACUUAUGUGAAGGCGCUUGAGCACGAAAAUUCAAAUCUCAUUCAAGUUAUUUCGGAGCAUGUAGAAAAAUACGUUGAAGAACACUCUCAAUUGGUGGUGACCGAUCCAAACCUAAUGAUGGAUGCGUUGAAGCCUCAAACCAUUAAUGACCUUGAGGAAAUAGCAAAGGUCAUGUGUAUGGCUGGGUUUGAGAAGGAUUUUUCCGAUGUGUACAACAAUUGCCGGAGGGAAUGCUUGGACAAGUGCCUAAUGCAUAAAUUAUUCGGCUUACAGAAGCUCAGUAUUGAGGACGUUCACAAUAUGUCAUCGAAGGAUCUUGAAGACAAGAUUGAAAGAUGGAUUAGAACUUUCAAUGUCGCUCUCAAGGUACUUUUCCCUAGCGAGCGAAGACUUUGUGACCGCAUCUUCUUUGGAUUCUCAUCCGCGGCUGAUUUCUCCUUCAUGGAGAUUUGCAGGGAAUCCACCAUUCAACUUCUAAACUUUUUUGAUUAUGUGUCCAGUGGAAGUCACUCACCAGAGCGUUUGUUUAAAAUCCUUGAGGUUUUUGAAACAUUGCGAGAUAUGAUUCCAGAAUUUGCAUCCUUAUUUUGUGAUCAGUACAGUAUGUCUCUAAGGAAUGAAGCAACUGCUAUAUGGAAGAGAUUGGGGAAAACAAUUAGGGACAUAUUUAAGGAGUUGGAGUAUUUGAUUGGUCGAGAUCUGACGAAGGUGAUAAAUUUUGGUGGCGGUCUUCAACCGAUUACCCAACACGUGAUGAACUACCUCCGUGUAGUUUGCCGAUCCCAGCAAACAUUAGAGCAAGUCUUCUACGAUUCCUCACUUUCUUCGAAGAUUCAUAGGAUUAUCGAUACAUUGGAGAGCAAUUUGGAAGCAAAGUCCAAAUGCUACGUGGAUCCUUCUUUAGGCUAUAUAUUUUUGAUAAAUAACCACACAUAUAUAGUUGAGAUGACCAAAGAUAAUGAACUAGGAACCCUUUUGGGGGAUUAUUGGCUCCAAAAAUACACUGAGAAAGUUUGGCAUUACCAUAGACAAUAUCAUAAAACCAAGGGAGCGAUCGCCUCAUCUGUAGUGCUAGAUUUUUUCCGGUCAAAUUAUGAAAGAAUUAGAAAUAUCAAAGGUGGGGAAGUAUUAGAGGUGUAUCAAGAAGAUAUGAAAGAAAUAGAAAUAUCACCCUUGCAACCAGGAGAAAGGAGAAAGAAAUUGGAGACAGAGAUAACAACAAUAGUGAUCUCUCCCGAACCCCAGUUUGGGAACACAUACAAAAUGCCACCGGAAGACGGGUUUACCUGGACAAAAUAUGGCAUGAAAGAGAUACCUGGCUUCAUAUACCCUAGGAGUUAUUACAGGUGCAACCACGUGAAAUUAUAUGCGUGUCGAGCCAAGAAGAAAGUACAACAACUUGGUGACCAUCCAAACAUAUUUGAAGUUAGAUACAACGGUGGACAUACCUGCCGCAUGUCCUUAACAAUACCAUCAUUAUUUGUACCAGCACGUCAACCACUGGAUAUCUCUAUAGAUGGUAUUCAAAGCACCAUGCCUACAUCGUCUACUUUAUAUUCUAGGAGGAUUUCAUCAGGCAUGCCAGGAAAAUCCAUAAACUCUAUGCCAGAAGCCAAGUUAGCUGCUCCAUCAAAGUCUGAAGAAUAUGCAGACCCUUUUUUGCGUCGUUUUUUCAUAACAGGAAAAUCCAUAAACUCUAUGCCAGAGGCCAAGUUAGCUGCUCCAUCAAAGUCUGAAGAAUAUGCAGACCCUUUUUUGCGUCAUUUUUUCAUGACAGGAAAAUCCAUAAACUCUAUGCCAGAGGCCAAGUUAGCUGCUCCGGCGGAUGGUGGGCAUCACCUUAUGAUGGCGAAAAUUAUGGCCUAUCUUCUUUUUGCUAUAAGAUCACAACAUAUCAAAGUUGUUAAUAGAGACAGAACAUUUUCAAUACAAACUGAGGGGACAAUGGAACUUUUAGAGAGCAUAUUAGCAUCAAAGUCUGAAGAAUAUGCGGACCCUUCUUUGCGUCAUUUUUUCAUGAUGAACAAUUGGAAAUAUUUAGAAGUGACAAAUAGACCAAGUGAUAUGGAUGCAGUUUUUGGCGAUGAUUGGUUACAAAAAAUCAGAGCAAAGGUCCAACAAAACAUUGAACUCUAUCAAAGAAACUCAUGGGAUAAGGUGUUAGAAUUUUUGAAGUUGGAUAUCAAUGAUUCCAUGGAAGUUAAUUUUGUAGUAGAUUUGAUGAAAGAAAAGAUUAGUUUGUUUAACAAGCACUUUACAGAGACAUGCAGAGUUCAGUGCACAUGGUCCAUUCAUUAUUAUAAGCUAAGGAAAGAAAUGAUUGAAUCUCUCAAGAAUACCUUGCUCCCAGCGUAUGGAAUCUUCAUUGGGAGGUUUCAGGAUUUUCUUAAAACUGAUGCUUAUGAGUAUAUUGAGUAUGGAAUGUUUGACAUUCAUGACAUACUUGAUAAUUUGUUUCUUGGAAACAAGAAAAACAAAUGAAUUGUUUGGUUUGUUAUCACAAAUUUAUGUAUGUAUCCAUUUUAUUUUUUCGUUGUUUGUUUGGGUUGUGUUUUGUUUUGUACUGAUGUUUUGCCAAUAAAAGAACAAUAGUAAUAUUUGAUAUUGA